AUGGAAAUCGCAGUUCGUCCAGAGGUCCUCUUUCUCUCCUUCUCCACCCGCGGUCUCCAAAACUAUAGCUUGACCCUCUCCGAUAUACCCAAACAUUUUAUACUCAACCAGAUACAUGAAGCACAUGUUGCCCUCGAAACCCUAAGGACAAGCCACCCCAGAGCCGUCAUAAUCACCGACGAGGGAAUAGCCAAGGAAGAAAAUCGCGAAGUCCUCAAACAAGUAGCCAAAUACGUCAAGGAUGGAGGUCUCGCCAUUGUCGCCGGUUACUGGUUUGCAAAUAAUGUCUCCUUCGAUUAUUCCGGAGAUCCCAAACCGUUCUUCGGUGCCUUUGAUCUGCCUUGGGAGGCGGGGUUUGGUCAUAAGUAUUCCUUAUGGAAGCUUAACGAGGAUUGUUCAAUACCGGCGGGCGCUGAGAUCUCCGGGAUGCCUGAUCAUUUCGGAAUGACGGCGAUGACUCUCAAAAAUGUGAGCCCCAACGAGAGGAUAUAUGUCCCCCAUGAACAAGCUAGACUCGAGUUCCCCGCGGACGACACGGAGGCAGCAGUUGCUGGAACCCAUGUCGGGAACGGGUAUUUUGUCUAUAUCGGGGAUCUCAAUUGGGAAUUCGGGUCGGAGCUUAUAUUGCUGGGCUUUAUGGGGCUACGAAGGUCCUGA